GGGAGUUCCGCUGUGGAACGACAAUUGACUUGUCAGUAACAGUAUAUGAUAGAGAAUCGGACCCACGAACUAUUCCAGUUGGUGGUAACCAAGGAGAAGCUGGACAAACGGAAUUUUCCUCGGAACGUAGAUGUCCUGAAGAGAGUACAGAGAUUUCACUAACCGACGCGAAAAUCUGCAACAAUGUUUCGCCUCUUUUAAACUCGAGUAGCUCAGCUGAAUUGACAUCACCUGUACAUUUAAACUGAAUGUCUCUGCUGAGGCUAAGUAGUUAGAUAUCUUGCAUACAGGAAAUAGUGCGGUCAAACCAACGCCUUUGCUUUAAAGCAUUAUAUUUGCAAGUUAUCGUACUCUGUACGCUGCCACCAGUCUAUUCCUUUAAAAGCAACUGAAGAAACAUGGAAUCAACAAAACCAGGGGGUGUAAUAGCUUACAUCUCAGGCCCUGCCUGCAGUCCCUCCUCCUGUUUGAGUGACAGCUCUAACAGCCGGAGUCCAUCUUCAUCCCCUCCUCUGUCCACCAUCCAGAGCCGGAGGGCGGAGCUGCCGGCGGUUGGCCCUGUUCCUACGCCAAAACAGAGCCACCCUCGCGGCCACGCCUCCAACAGGACAGGCGCAGCUGUGCCCGCUGCCAAGAGUGGCAUCACAAAACUCAACGGAAUGGUGCUGCUGUGUAAGGUGUGUGGAGACGUUGCAUCGGGCUUCCACUACGGAGUUCACGCCUGUGAGGGCUGUAAGGGUUUCUUCAGGAGGAGCAUCCAGCAGAACAUUCAAUAUAAGAAGUGUCUGAAGACGGAGAGCUGUACCAUUGUUCGCAUUAACCGAAACCGAUGUCAGCAGUGCAGGUUUAAGAAGUGUUUAGCCGUUGGCAUGUCAAGAGAUGCGGUCCGCUUCGGACGUAUCCCGAAACGAGAGAAGCAGCGGAUGCUUCUUGAGAUGCAGACUGCCAUGAACAACAUGAUGAACAACAGUCAGCUACAGCACAUGCUCCAUGGAAACCAGGCCACGCUACGUGCUGUCGAAACUAUGUCCAAUGACUCUAGCUCCUCCGCUUCCUCCACCUCCUCGGCUCCUUCUUCACCCCAGUGUCCUCAAGACCUCACCCAAGACUCUGAGUCGGUGGUUGCCAUGGAUACAUCGAUGAGCUCCGCCUCCUCUUGUUCAUCGGAUAGCGGAGAGGAGGACAGUCUUGGCAGCGCUACCCAGAUGCGGCAGGAAACCUUCAUGCACAGUCGGCCAGUGAGGUCACCCUCCGGAAGGUCGCUUUCUCCCGGGAUCACAGAGCGGCUGAGCAGCAGCAGCAUGGAAGACCAGCGAGAGAAAUGGAACCACUGGAACGACAGCGCCAUCGUCAGCGGUAACCAGCACUGCGUCCGUGACGGCAGUCAGCUAGUGACCGGUGAGCCAUAUAGGGAACAAGUGACUGGCUAUCAUCCAACCCAGCAGCUCAAAGGCUCACCAGUGGGUUACUAUGUGGAACACACUGACAAUGGACACAGCGUGAACCAUCUGUCAACACCCGGAGGAAACAGAGGACACCUGGUGUGCCCAAUGAACACCUCUCCCAUUGUGGAUCCAGGAAAACCCAGCCACGAGAUAUGGGAGGAGUUUUCCAUGAGUUUCACUCCCGCCGUGAGGGAAGUUGUCGAGUUUGCCAAGCGGAUCCCUGGAUUUCAAGAGCUCUCACAGCAUGAUCAGGUCAACCUCCUGAAAGCAGGGACCUUUGAGGUGCUUAUGGUGCGGUUCGCGUCACUUUUUGACGUGAAGGAGCGUACCGUGACUUUCCUGAGUGGGAAGAAAUACAGCAUGGAGACGCUGCGCUCCAUGGGUGCUGGAGAACUCCUCACCUCCAUGUUCGAGUUCAGCGAGAAGCUUAGCGCUCUGCAGCUGAGCGAGGAGGAGACGAGCCUCUUCACUGCCGUCGUCCUGGUCUCAGCCGACCGUUCUGGCAUUGAGAACUUAAACUCUGUGGAAGCUUUGCAAGACUCUCUGAUCAGAGCUCUUAGAAACCUCAUCAUGAAGAACCAUUCCAACGAAGCGGCCGUCUUCACCAAGCUGCUGCUCAAGCUGGCAGACCUGCGUUCGCUCAACAACAUGCACUCUGAGGAGCUGUUAGCAUUUAAAGUGCACUAAUGUGCCGGGACGCGGUUUUCCAGCUAACCUUGAGACUGACCAACCAAACUGUAAAUUUCAUUUGAAUGUAUUUACCAUAAUAUGUUUCUUUUUUUUUUUUUUUACGUCUGUGUUUUUAUAACCGUGGCGUGUGGAAAAAUACUGUAUUUUGUUGAGAGUUGUUGCGUUACACUGAGAUGUUUGCGGUAAUGCAAACGCAGAGGUUUAAGACACAGAGCGAGUAGCACGGAGCAUUUUGAGUGAUCCACCAAACCAGUUGGUAUGUUAUCAUGGAGUAUUACUCUUAACUGUGUAUAUGUAAGCUGCUUGCUCAAACCCUGUUUAAAAAAAAAAAUCUUAAAAAAAAAAAAAAAAAAAUGAAAGACUCGUAUUUUACAGAGUCACUGCUAGUGCAUGGCUAUUGAUAUUAUAUCAAUUUGAUGCCACGGCAUGUGUAACAUCAUGAGACAUUAUCCUGUUACACUCAGUCAUUUUCCCGCCACUGGUCUGUGUCCCGUGUAUAAAGUCUUUUAUUUUUUUUUUUUUUAAUUUCUGAAUGUAUGACGCUUGCUAGCGUUAGCUAGCAGCUCAGAUGCACAUUAGCAUUGUUUUAACCUGCUUUCUUUCUUUCUUUUUUUUUUUUUUCUUAGAUGGCACUACUUCUUUUUUGCACGUUUUUUUUUUUUUUUUUCUCGAGGGAGCAGCAAGCACAAACGUUAAUGUUUUACACAUGCCUUUGUGUAUACCUAUGUUUAACUCCAACGCCACCGCUGUAAAAUGUAAUGUGUUUUAAAUGAAGUGACCUGUCUGACUGCAGUCAGAGAGAGAGAGAGAGGGAGACUCUGACCGGAUGAAGACUAGUAUUUAUUACAGCACUGCCGUCGCGACGUAGAGUCUGAGGUGUCUUGACUCCUUGUAACUGUCUUCCACAACACAAACGCAAACGCAAGCAGACAUUUCUUAAAGUACUGGACACAAUGAACAUUUGCACCUUUUGCCGGCAUAAAGGGAAGAAGA